AAUCUCGACCACUGUAAAGCCAUGCAUGCAUACAGUUCGCUGGCUCACUCGCCGUCGUCAGUCACUGAAAUGUUGCCAGCAUGUACGAUCGCGGAUGUAAGUAUCCGCUCUUUUCCGAGCUCCAACAUAUCACGAUGCUUCUACAUAGCGAUCAUCGGACGUUCACAACAUAUCUCAGUUGGAGAGGCUAACCUUGAGAGCUUGAACCUUCCAAUUUAGCGUGGGUUCUGCGUCGUGAUCACGGGCACUCACCCAACUUCCAACAUGCGGCAUCACAGAACCACUCACGAACAAGUGCCUCCGAAGGCACUUCACUUUGCGGGCUUUCCUCUUGUUCCUCUUGCGGCUUGCGUUCCUUCGCUCUCGAGCUUCCCAACAACGGCAGCAACAGCAACAGCGAACAACUCUCGCAUCAUCAGCGCGCUGAGUCCGUCCUCACAACGACUCUCGCGCAAACUUGAAGACGACAAAGUCCAACCCCGGGUCGCCGCAGACUGCGCUCUAGACUCACCGGCGGCAGGCAAACUUCUGAUCGAGCUCCAGCUUUUCAAGUUGCCACCGUGCAUCUAAAUUUGCUGACCGCCGGCGACGGCCGACUCAAGUUGAGAUGCGAUCAGUGACGCGCGCUGCACGAGGCUGCCCAGUGCCCACGUCGUCAACUUUCAACUUGCGGGCUCCGAGAGACCGGCUCGACCGUCGGUCGCCAUGCAGCGGCGUCCUCGGGCCUCGGCUUCCAUGUUGGAAACAUGAACAUGCAUGCAUGGAUUUGCCCGCGUGGAUGGCAACGGACAGGGGCUAUUUGUACCUGGAUGGAUGUGUUAUGUCUUUGUUCAUUUGCUUUAACAAGCAUUUUUUGCGGCGACAAUCCUAGGUUUUCAACCUUUGUCAUAUACUUUCCUUGUGUUGGUUCUCAGAAUGGGUAUCAU